AUGCCUAAAUCGUUCCUCAUUUCCCGCAAGAGGAAAAUCGCUUUACUGGAGAUGAUGGGGGAAGCUUCAGCCCCACAGACCAAGACAGCGCGGGUUCUAAACCCGCCCGCACCAACUAGUGAUCAGCGUGCAAAAGUUGGGAUUACAUCACAGGAUUUUAUAAGUAGCAUCAGACGAGAGAUGGAUAACUCUGUGGUGGAUAAUUCGUGGAUAAACCGGUUUACUUCUAACCAGCCAACCAAAACUGGGAACUGUGACGUCAAUCUUGGCGUGACGUCAUCCGCUUUUUCGUCGAACUCCGACCUUGACCUAUGUUCGCGGGAUGCCGUGAGUGCGGACAGAAACAAAAGUGUCAAGCGUGAGUUAAAUUUCUCACGUGAAGCGAGGUCACGUGAGACUCACGUGAGCUACCGCCCAGACGACAACAACAACAACAGCGAGAGUAAGGACGAAAACAGAAAUACCUCAGCCUUGAAAUCUUCCUCGUGUUGUCUCCCCGUGCCAGACAUCUUCCGGCCGUACCAGCUGUCCGGCUCCAGUCCGUCUUCCGGCACCGCCGUGUGUCCUCGAGCCGACCCGCAGGAAAACCUACAAACAGAUGCCGCUUUCUGGAAGCCGAAAUACGACUCACGCUACCUCCAGGCGGCUUGUACUCGUUCCCCAGACAAGUCUGGACUUCCGGUUGAAAGAUCCGUCGACUUAAAAACAAAAAAUGACGUCAUUGAUUUGUCUGUUAAAAAGCCGGGUAAAAUGGACGAUAUUUCACGUGAAUUCGGUGGUGUGGAUCUUGGACGUUCCCAACUUGGUGCGGCGGGUGGUUGUGUACUCACGGGCGUGACGUCAUGUGGACAGCGCGGGACGGACGGCCGGAGCUCGCAGGAAGUGCACGCGCCACGUGAGCCGCGCGAGACACGUCUCAGCUCACCGGCGCGUGCGGCCAAUGGGUGCCAAGCUAUCGAUCUCUCCCAAGAUGUGUCGCACACACCAUAUGACGUAACAAUUCCAUCUGCUUCAGAGUUCCCUAACGUCUACUGGCCCCACCCCUCCAAGCAGGAUUUGAACCCAGUCCCGUCAGUUACGAGACCUUCCCAGUCUCCAAAAACGCGUCCAACUUUUACCCAUCUUCCAGACGACGCCGCAAUUUCAUCACUUCCGGUGAAACAAACUGAAUUCCUUCCCCAUAACCAAACCCAAGUUCAAAGUCCUUCUUGUGCAAGAGCCAUCUGGCACGCUCGAGAUAUUUUCCCAGAAAUCGCCAGGCACCGGGAAGUGACGUAUGCCGACACGCCGCAUAACGAAACUGCCGGCACGCCGUUCCCGAGAAAAACUUACAAGACGAGGAAAACCCGGAGGAAAAAAUCGUUCACAAUCUCGAGUAUCAUGGAGGACAGCAGUGAUAGCGAGGGCGAGGACAAUGUGGUGACGCCUCAAACUUCUCCGCUGGAAAUUUUGCCGAGAGGCGAUCAGUCGACGUUAGAAGAUCGAUUGGGCGCGAGGUCGUAUGAAACAGGCACUGUCCAUACGAAGUCUCGUCCGCUUGAACCAGCCUCGAGAUCUCGUGAGAUUAGGACACAACUAACCAACCACGAGUACACGCGUGAAAUUGAACUGACCAAUCAGGAUCACACGAAGAAUACAACGGUGACCAAUCAGGGUCACACGAAGAAUACAACGCUGGACAAUCAGGACCACACGCGACUUGAGCCGAUCCUAUUUCCGCCCCGUUUAACGAACUCAGGAAAUCAUUUUCCCACUUUGACGACCGUCACUUUGCCCCAUAAUUCGAACACAAACAGACACCGUGAUCCGGCUGAAUCUUUUACCCACAAAAAUAACCUUAAAGAACCGGGUAUAAACAUCCCUCCCCAGAAUAACCAGACGGAACCGCUUCCUCCCCUGGUUCGCAUUCGCCCUUUCAUCAACGACCCGGUACUUUCCCAUAUGACUCACCCGCUGAUCCGGCCAGGUUGCCAGCUCAAUAUUCCUCAGGAACUCACCUCCAACAGUCCGGCUCUGGGCAUUCCCACUUUUCGACCCAUCCCCACCUUCAACACCAAUGGUGUGUGUCACCCAACACCAGUGAGAUUCUACACCAAAGGUGUUUUCCCGUUUUACCCGACCGAGAACUACGAGGACCCUCACGGCGCCCCGUGCCACAGCAUGACGUCACCGGGCAGUGACGUGGGCAGCGUGAUGUCAGGCUCGUGUUCUCCGACGUCAUCCAACGUCCCCUCCCCCCUGUCCCCCGCCCGCAGCGCCUCCCCGUGUAAACAUAACUUCCGGUCGCCGCCCUUACCCAGAUACCCCAUUGACCCAGCAUAUCCUGACAUGCGCACUGCAGGCUACAGCCAAGACGAGGGACCAACCGGAAAACACGAUACCGAUGACCGCAAAAGUUUUAAAACAUUUUUAGAGAACGCCAAUGUGAAACUGGAGUUCAUCAAUAGUGGUAAUGGCAUUAAAAACCCACUUUUGAGCCUGGAGUUCUCCAACAAUAAAUUUG